UCGUCAAAUCAUUAAAGAUUAAAAUAGAAGAAAUGUCUUUAAAUAUAACAAAUUCAAAUUAUAAUGUUAACAUAAAUACGACAAAUAUGAACGCAAUACGUAAUGAUGUAAAGAAUCAAAGAAAAAUGUUGAUACCCGCGUACAUGCGAUUACAAUCAAACACUGACUCCAAGGAGUUGAAAAAUCUUACAACAAGAGAAAGUAUUGAAAAAUCUACAAGAGUAAUCAACGCAUCAGAAGUAAUUUCAAAUAACAAUAUUAUCACUACGCCUGUCUCCAUAAUUACAUCGGUGACAAAAAUUGACAAAUACUCGGGCAUGACGGAACCGCAUGGAGUGCAGCACGCGGCGUUACCGCUGGGCGUCGAGGUUCAUCCUUUACCUCUGGAAGGAGCCGAUCAUGAGCUCCAGCUCAACGUCACCUGGCUGCCUAGUAUUGGUCCUCCGGUGUCAGACUAUUCGCUUGAGGUUCGCAGCGUGACAGACACCGUCGACUGCAUGACACCAAUGUGCUACGAGUACAACAUUCCAGGGGAGUCUAGAUGGUGGGUGGUCCCUCCUCAGCCAAGUCCAGUGGCGGAAAGCUGCGCGGUGCGGCCGGGCUGCGCGUACGCAGUUAGACUCAUUGCCCACCCGUGGGAUGGGCAUACGUCAGCAAACGUUAAUGUAGAACUUGAAGAAUGCGUGGCUGGGGUAUGCUCAUGUGCGCAUUCCCCGCGACUGCCGAUACCCCAGGUGUCAGCACACACUGUCUCCAUACACGGGGAAAUCUUUGUCAACGUCACCUGGUCUCUUCCUCCACCGCCCUUCCCGUAUAGACUACCACCCGAACUAAAGAAGAUGUACUACUUUGUCAGCAUCGGCAAACAAAUGGUGUCAGACGCACACCCAUCCCCCUGGUUCGCACACGCUGUAUCUCGUCGUGUGGAUGUCGACUCUCCAGUAGCAGUUCCCGAUGGCCCGCGAUGGAUGCUGCUACCCACUGUCGAGCGGAGCGACAAACGCAGCGGAGAGCGGAGUGAAUCCCGCAACAUUGUGCUUGAUGUCAAACUAUUAGCAAGAGUUAAUCUUAUUGAUGAACGUGGCUGUGUUGGACCCGCUGGAAACGCUACUGCUUAUGAUCCACUUGCAGCCAAGAAGAUCACGAUGGCAACUUACGCACUAUGGGCGAUAUUCGGUGGGACUUGCGUACUGGCCAUGGUGAUACUGUUCGCUGUGAGUGCGCGUUUGGUGAAGCGAGUGCUAAGUGAGUUCCGCUCCGCGCCCGCUCCCGCGUCCGCUUCGCUCGAGCCACUGCGCCACCACCCGACGUGGCUGCCGCUCGCCGUCGGCGCGACAAACGAGGUACAGUCAAGGGGACAAAUGGAAAACAGCCCUCUCUACGUCCACAAACAUUUUGAGACAACAGGUGAAGGCACAGAUAAGUGGGAAGUGGCGCGGACACGUGUCCAUCUCGGCGCGUUGAUCGGCAGCGGAGCGUUCGGGCACGUGCACUUGGCGGAACUCGACAUGCCAGGCGGAGAGACAACUACAGUCGCCGCUAAAAUGCUAUCAGAUAACGCAAAUGAGGAAGAAAUGCAGGACUUCCUUAGAGAGAUAGUGAUGUUAAAACAUGUUGGUUACCACCGGAACGUGAUCAGAUUAGUAGGCUGUUGUACAACCAAGGCACCGCUCAUUGCCUUGCUGGAACACGCGCCGAGAGGCGACCUGCUAUCUCUUCUGCGUGCGGCCAGAGGAAGGCGCAAGCUGGACAUACAACGCUCUAAAAGGAAUGGCGAUGCAGAUAGACGUUUUGAAGUAGAUUCGGAAUACACAAACCUAAGUGACUCAGAUCCAGCUUUAUACGAUGACAAAUUGUAUAGAGACGACGUGAACCCUAGAGUCCGGGAUCAUUACGUGGCGGAGCCUGCGUUGCACCUGGACAGUAGUACCAUGAGGGAGUACGCGUUACAAGUAGCUCUCGGCAUGAGACAUCUAGAAGAGAGAGGGAUUACACAUCGUGAUCUAGCUGCUCGGAAUAUUCUAGUGGACAGUGCGGGGACACUAAAAGUGGCCGACUUCGGUCUGUCGCGGUCGGGCGUAUACGUCCACACUCGGGCGAGACCCGUGCCCUUACGCUGGCUGGCCCCAGAGGCUAUUUUCCACGCGCAUUAUUGCAGUGCCAGCGACGUCUGGGCAUUUGCUGUCUUACUCUGGGAGAUCGCCACUUUAGGUGGUUUCCCGUAUGCGGAACUAAGCAAUCAUCAGGUUCCAACAUAUUUAACGGGAGGUGGACGAUUGCCUCGGCCUGCGCGCGCGUCCACCCGGCUUUACGAGCUGAUGACGGACUGCUGGGCAGACAAUCCCACCGAUCGUCCCACAUUCGCGGUCAUCGUUGACAAACUCACUGGCCAGAAGCAACUAUACGUAGACUUAGACGCUUUUCCCACAUCUGAAGACCACCUCACAACGCUCAGUGAUUGAGUGCAUGAGUGUUCGAACAAUCGGUUCACCUCACUCAUCAGUGACUCGGUGAUUGAGUGACGUUCCACGUUCUAACAUCUAUAAAUGGACAGGCUAUAAGAUGUGGUAUUUUGUGCCUAUUUGAUUAACGCCAUUGUGGCGUUGACGGUUCAUAGCGGAGUCAACUGUUAACUUCAAGAACCGCGUGUAAGUCAGAACAAAGCAAAAGCUGUCAUUUCAAAGCCUAUCCAUUUACAGAGAUCAGUGGUUCCAUCUCACGAUUCUGAUUAAGUGAUUGUGACACUCUCAUACUGUCAACUGAGUGAAUGAGUGACUGAUAUUUAUCAAACUCUAAGUUACGGAUUAGCUGAGCAGUGAGCUACGGUGACCAAACUAAAGACUGAUUCUCUGUUGUUGUUAUUUAUUACCCCAUCGCAUUAAAUGUAUUUAUAUUUU